AUGUCUGUUCGCCGAUCUGGAAGUGCCGCGCGCCGCGUGGGCGUGCGGCAGGAUGAGGAGGAAGAUGCUGCGUAUGAGUACGCCGAUGAAGUCGAAAUGAAUCUUUUACACGAGGGCCUGGACAAGCUGGUGGACGACGAGGAAGAUGUAAUGUUUGCGAUUCGUCAGGUGGUGUCCAUCACUGACGACCCGACGCUUCCGUCGCUCACGUUUCGUGCGCUGUUAGUGGGCGGCCUGUUUACCGUGCUUGGCGCGGGCAUGUCGCAGCUAUUUUUUUACAAGUCCAACUCGGUCUCGUUCAGCUCUUUUUUCGUGACUCUUGUGACGCUACCGUUGAUGAAAUGGAUGGCGCGUGUCGUGCCCGCAAAAGAAAUUCGCGUGUUUGGCUUUCCCAUACAGCUGAACCCCGGCAUGUUUAACGCGAAAGAGCAUGUGUUGAUUGCCGUAAUAGUCUCGUCUGGGGCAACGAGCGCUUACGCGACUGACAUUAUCAAUAUCCAGGAGCUCUUCUUCGGGCAGCACAUGUCUGCGCUCCAGUCGCUCACGCUACUCAUUACCACGCAAGUGAUUGGAUGCGGGUUUGCGGGGCUUGUUUAUAACUUGCUUGUGCGGCCGCCGUCGAUGGUGUUUCCCAGCACGCUGGUCACAGUAUCGCUCUUUAAUACGCUGCACGACACCGAAUCCGCCUUGACGCCCGCGCGAAUGCGCCUUUUUAUUUUUGUUUUUAUUGCCAUUGGCAUCUACCAAUUUCUUCCAAGCGUGCUGCUGCCGACGCUGAGCAGUGUUGCGCUCCUGUGUUACGUGCACCGCAGCAAGGCGACACAAGUACUCGGCUCGGGGUACAAGGGCUUCGGCAUUGCAAACUUGAGUUUUGACUGGAACGUGAUCGGUGCCACUGGCCCGCUCUACCAGCCAUGGUGGGCAGCUCUUAACUUUUACGGCGGAAUUGCAGGGAUGAUGUACGUGGUGAUGCCUCUCCUCUACUUCAGCAACUUUUGGAAUGCGCGCGCGUUUUCUUCUCCCAUUGGGUCAAGUCUGUACACGGCGAAUCACACCGCGUUUGACGUGAACGCAGUGCUUCGUAAAGACAAUACGCUCGACAUUGUUGCGUGGGAAAAGCAAAAACCCAUGCUACUCACUCCAUUUUUUGCGAUAUCGUAUGGCAUUGCGUUUACCAUUCUCACGAGCACUAUUUCGCACGUUCUUAUUUGGCACGGGAAGGAUAUCAAAAAGGCGUGGUUCAAUCCAGUGUACUCAGACAUCCACAACCAGCUGAUGCAAUCAUACCCCCUGGUCCCGCUGUCGUGGUACUUGUGGACACUUUUCCUGUCUUUGUUCGCUGCAUCUGUGCUGGUCAUGACAGCCCCGCUGCAAUUUCCGCUUUGGGCGCUGCUCAUGUCUGUUGGCAUGUCGCUCUUCUUCCUCGUCCCCAUCGGGAUUCUCAAGGCGAUUAGCGAUACAAGUGUGGGCCUCAAUGUCAUUACUGAGUUUGUUGCUGGUAUCCUAAUUCCGGGAAAGCCCAUUGGGAACGUGUGCUGGAAGUGCUAUGGGUACAUGAGCUGUGCACAAGCGCUCAACUUGAUUUCCGACUUGAAAUUGUCGCAUUACAUGAAAAUCAACCCACGCCACAUGUUUAUCGCGCAGCUGGUAGGCACCGUCAUCGGGUGCUUUGUCAAUUAUGCCGUGAUCUGUGUAGUAUUGGAUCCUGCGAACGGGUACAGGGCGUUUUUGGACGGAUCACAAGUGGAUCCCAGCGGGCAGUGGGACGGACGCAAGGUCCAGAUUUUUCGCUCUGCAUCGAUCAUCUGGGGCGCCGUUGGCCCCGCCAAGUUUUUUACGGGCCCAUAUAAAUACUUGUACUGGGGUUUUCCACUUGGGUUUGUACUCCCGCUGAUACCCUGGUACCUUCAUAAACGCGCCGAAAAGAAGCGCGGAGCUCCGCUCAAGCACUCGGUCUACAGCAGGACCGUGGUACCGAUUUUUCUCCACGGCACAAGUGCACCACCAGCGAUACCCACUAAUAUCAUCCUCACGGGGUUCUUCUGUGCGUACCUGUCGCAAAAAUGGGCGCGCGAAAGAAUGCCUGAUUGGUUCCACAAGUUCAACUAUGUUCUUUCUGCUGCUCUGGAUGCUGGCGCAUCUGUUAAUGCACUCUGUGCUUUCCUUCUUUCCAUCACCGUCUUCCGCUGGCUCAACCUUCCCCACGUCUUCUUCGGCGGCGCCGAUGUGGAGCAUUGCAAUGUGGAGUAG